CCCAGACUGGGAUUUAGUCUGAUGCUGUGUCAGCCCCAGGCUUCUGGGGCUUCCCAGUGGGUCCACAGAAUCCUCUUGGGGCCUGGGACAUCUUCCUCGUCCAGGGAGGGCAGACACAGGCCACAGGCCAAGGGCAUCAGGUCAGGGCCACUCUGGUAGUGGGCACUGUGGGCUGGGCAGGAUGGACUUUGGGGCCUUGGAAACCGUGGUAGCCAACUCUGCCUUCAUUGCUGCCCGGGGCAGCUUCGAUGGGAGCAGCAUCCCGUCCUCCCGGGACAAGAAGUACCUGGCCAAGCUCCGGCUGCCCCCGCUGUCCAAGUGUGAGGGCCUCCGUGAGAGCCUCAGCCUGGAGUUCGACAGCAUAUGCUUGGAACAGCCCAUUGGAAAGCGGCUUUUCCAGCAGUUCUUGGGGACAGACAAGAGGCACGCGCCAGCGUUAGGGCUCUGGAGGGACAUCGAGGACUAUGACACGGCUGAUGAUGACCUACGGCCACAGAAGGCACAGGCCCUCCUGGCCGAGUACCUUGAUCCCCAGGCCUCACUCUUCUGUAGCUUCCUGGAUGAGGGCACUGUGGCGCAGGUGAAGAAGGGCCAGGCCGGGAGCCAGGACGGGCUCUUCCAGCCACUGCUGCAGGCCACGCUGGCGCACCUGAGCCAGGGGCCCUUUCAGGAGUUCCUGGGUGGCCUGCAUUUCCUGAGGUUCCUGCAGUGGAAGUGGCUGGAGGCACAGCCCAUGGGCGAGGACUGGUUCCUGGACUUUAGGGUGCUGGGGAAGGGCGGCUUUGGGGAGGUGUGGGCUUGCCAGAUGAAGGCCACUGGCAAGAUGUAUGCCUGCAAGAAGCUCAACAAGAAGCGCCUAAAGAAGAGGAAGGGGUACCAGGGUGCCAUGGUGGAGAAGAAGAUCCUGGCCAAGGUGCACAGCCAGUUCAUCGUCUCCCUGGCCUACGCGUUUGAGACCAAGACGGACCUCUGCCUCGUCAUGACUAUCAUGAACGGAGGUGACCUCAGGUACCACAUCUACAAUGUGGAUGAGGAGAACCCCGGCUUCUCAGAGCCACGUGCUGUGUUCUACACAGCCCAGAUCAUCAGUGGUCUGGAGCACCUGCACCAGCGGCGCAUCGUCUACCGUGACCUCAAGCCAGAGAAUGUGUUGCUGGACAACGAUGGCAAUGUGCGGCUCUCUGACCUCGGGCUGGCUGUGGAGCUGCAGGAAGGGCAGAACAAGACCAAGGGCUACGCGGGGACUCCAGGUUUCAUGGCCCCUGAGCUCCUGCGGGGUGAAGAAUACGACUUCUCCGUAGACUACUUUGCCCUGGGGGUCACUUUGUACGAGAUGAUUGCAGCCAGAGGGCCCUUCCGAGCCCGUGGGGAGAAGGUGGAGAACCAGGAGCUGAAGCAGCGAAUCCUCUUGGAGCCCGUCAAGUACCCCGACACAUUCAGCCAGGCCAGCAAAGACUUCUGUGAGGCACUGUUGGAGAAGGACCCUGCUCGGCGCCUGGGCUUCCAGGAUGGGAGCUGCGAUGGGUUGCGCACACAUGCCCUCUUUGGGAGCAUCAGCUGGAGGCAGCUUGAGGCUGGGAUGCUCAUUCCUCCGUUCAUCCCAGACUCCAGGACUGUCUAUGCCAAGAACAUUGAGGAUGUGGGGGCCUUUUCCACCGUCAAAGGUGUGAUCUUUGACAAAGCAGACAUAGAGUUCUUCCAGGAAUUUGCCUCUGGCAACUGCCCCAUUCCCUGGCAGGAGGAGAUGAUUGAAACAGGCAUCUUUGGGGAGUUGAACGUGUGGCGUCCUGAUGGGGAGAUGCCUGAUGACAUGAAGGGGGUCACCAGAGAGCAGGCAGGCCCCACGUCCAAGUCAGGGAUGUGUGUGGUCUCCUAGCCUGGCUUCCUGAGAGAAGCAGGGGGCCAGCUGGUAAGGAAAGGGACUGAUGCCAAGCUUGUCAUGGAGACCAGCACUGGGCACUGGCCCUGGUCCAUCAGCAGACGUUGUCCUGAGCUGAGUCUUGCAGCAGAGGGGGCUGUCAUGUGGGCACAGAGUGGCGAGCUGUCAGUUUGGGGCGGGUACCUCUGAUGUGGCCGUCCACUCCCUCUGCCCUGCUUUACUCAAGAGAGACAGAUGCAUUGCCAGCGGAGCACAUCUGAGCUUGAGACUCAUAGCUGUGCAACCUGACUGGCCAUGGCCCACUCUGCUCGGAUAGCAAAUGUCCCAGGCCAGACCCUAGUGGGCCACACACCUGCCAUCCGCUCAGGGCUUGGUGGGUUCCUGUCUGCCCUGCUUGUGCUCCUGGGCUGUGGGGCUCUGGCACCCACCUGGAGACCCCUCCCCCGACCUGCUCUGUUGCCCCAGCACCUGCACUGGCUGCCAUCUGCCUUCCAGACAUUCCCAUUCAGAGAGGCUGAGUCCUGGAGGAAGUCACGACCCCCUCAAGAGGUGGUAUAGCUGGCUACCUCAGAUGGCCAGUGCCAAGUGCAGUAGACAGAGUGCCUGUGUCCUCAGUCAGCACCAAGCAUGGCAGAUGCACUAUCAUGCAUGUGCCGUGGUAAUCAGCUUUCCUGCUGCUGUACCUGACACUCACACUGGAAGGAGGAAGGUUUAAUUGGCUCAGGAUUUUGAGGAUUCAGGCUGUGGUCUGCUGGUCCCAAAUGUAAGAGCAGCAUGGAAGAAGGAUGUGGUGGAGGAAAACUGCUUGGUUCAUAGUAGCCAGGGAGCAGAGCAGAACAGCACCAGAGAGGAAGGUACUCGGGCUCACAUAUAGCACCCAAGGCAGCCCACCUAGACAUACUGAGAAGAGUGUUCCACCCAUCCCCUGGAGGGCUCUCAGGCCAGUCAAGUGAGCACACCAAGCUUAACUGUCAUUGGUGGACAGCCACAUCCUCAGUCAGUACCAAGUGUGAUGGAUACUGUGUCCUGAAUCAUCACCUGGUGUGGUGGAUGCUGUGUCCUCAAUUCGCACCAAGCGUGGCGUCUUAGAGAGUUAGUGCAAUGAAGUGGAUCCCUGUGUAUUCCUACACACUGAGGUGGUUGCCAGUCUUCAGAUGCUGCCAGGUAUAGUGGACCUUGAGCCUUUGGGGAGUCAGCACUGAGUGUGGUCCAUACCUGUGUCCAGGGAAUGCUGAGUGCUGGGUGCCUGUAUUUGUGGACAACUGGAGUGAGUGUGGUUGAGGCCUGUGUCUUUUGUUGGGCAGCAGUGGGUGUGAUGGAUGCCCAUGUCCUCAGCCAGACAGCACCAGGCAUGCAGAUGCCCAGGUGCUUAAGACAGUUGCACAGUGUGUGGUGGAUGCUCACGGCAUCAUUCAACACUGAGUGUGGAGACACCUGUGUCCCUAGAGCCUGUACAUGACUGCAGUGGAUCUCUGUGUUCUCAGACAAUGGCGUGUGUGUGGUGGUGGCCAUAUGUACCCAUGUCCUGAGUCACUACUGGGCCAGAGGUCCUCAUGCCACGUGUGGAAAUCACAUGUCCUCAGGUAUGUGUGUAGUGUGUGGUUGUGUGGUAUGGUUUGUACCCACACCCUCAGUCAGCACCGAGUAAGGUGGAUGCCUGUGUCCUCCAUCAUGUUAUGUGUGGAAGACGCCGUGUCCCCAGGCACGUAUGGCAUUUACCUGUUCCUUGGCCGACACUGAGCACAGUGGGCACUGCUCCUCUCCUGCCUAUUGAGGGACAGUAUCCUCAGCAGCCAGCAGCUGAGAAGAUUCUCCUCUCCAGGCAGCUCUGGACCCACCUGCUUCCUGUUCAGUCUGUGCCUGUGAAGGGGAUGAGCCACCCCUGAGCAGCUGUUAGGCACAAAAGUCCUGUUACGAGCUAAGGUUCCUCAAGAAGUUGGUUUUAUGGAGAAUUCCAGAAGCUUCCUUAGCCGUGUGGUGGUAACGGGCUCUGUCCUGAACAUGCAUGCUGGGACAGCUUCCCAACAGGACCCUUCGAGAGCUCUGGAUGCUGUGGACGCGCUGGAAAGGCCGCGGGACAGUCUGUGCCUCUUGGACUAUGACCUAAGAUUCACCUGGGCCUGGCCUCUGUGAUAAGCCCAUGCUGUGUCCCUUCCCUCACUCAUUACUAUGCUGUGUCUAGUGUCACACACUGGGAAGUGACAUCUGCAUGUGUUGCUACUGCUCCUGACUGCUCCAGGCCCAUCUGACCUGCUGUGGGUUCAGACUCUGGACAGGGAAGUGAUCUGGUCUGGGCUGGGCAGGUCUAAGAGUCUGACCCAGCUGAGUUGGUGGGCCCCUGGCCAUCACUGGCCACCUUCCUCUGUGGGCUGCCCAGUGUCUGCAGUGCUCAGAUUGGGACUCAGGUUCUCUGUUUACCUGUGAUUAGACUGUGGCACAUCCAGGAAUGUCUGGAUUUCAGGUAAAUAAUGGUAAUUUGAGUCCAGGCGAUACUGAUGGAAAAACUGUUGUUUAUCUGAAAUUCAAAUGCAACCAGACUUCCUGCAGGGUCAUCUUUCCUGAGCCUGGCAGUCUGUGCCCGAGUAUCUCGCCUUCCAAGGGCAUGGAUGCCCAUCCCAAGCUGGCUCCGGCCAAGCACAGGUACCACUGGCCUGGUAUCUGCUGGCACUUUGGGCCAGAUGAGGGCUACUCAGUUAUGUGUGCUCACACACAUAAGUGUCACAUAGCACAGCCAGCCCAGGCCUCUGCCCAGCAUAUUCUGUCCCUGGUGCCCCCUGGCCCCCCUUUCCCCACAGCCUUGCCUCUGCACCCAGCCCUGAUGAUAGAAUCCCAUCUCAGAGCCAGAGCAUCCCUGUCUGGCUGCACAACAGCUCCACACAUGCUGACCUGACCUGUUCCCAUGGGUGUCUGGCAUCUGGUGUCUGGCGUGAGGGAAUCUGGCACUGAGCUCUCUGGGCAGAUGCAUCCACCAGCUCUGCAUCCUGGAGGUCCCAAAGGUCUCUGGGACCUGCAUCAUGGCAACUGUUGGAGCAGACACCAGCCCCCACUUGCAGACAUCCACCCUUCCUGCUCCCCUUCUUGGCCCUGGGUCCUGCUGGAUGUCAAGCCUGGACAACAGUGCCCACCUGCUUGGCCCUGAGUUUGUGUGGGUCUCCUGGAGGCUGGAUAGGAAAGCCAGGGUCCAUCUAUGGGUGCUCACAUCUCUUUCAGGGUGUUGGGACACCGUUCACACCAGGCCUGUGGCACGGCCUGCAGAUCAAGUCCUGUUCACAUGCAAUGCAGACAUUGGCUGUGGAGUCCCCAGAACUCUCCCUGGUGUCCUCACAGGGGAUCGUCUCACCCCCAAAGCCAUCAAAAGCAAGUACAGGAGGGUCCUCUGUGGCCUGGGAUAGCCAGGGUAGGAUGACAACUCCCUUUCCUGUAGUAAUGCCAAUAACUUCCCCAGGGGAGGGAGGCACCAGAGGUCAGAGCCAUUUUAGCAUGACUUCUGUUAAAAAAGGUAAUUUUUAUUUAAGUGAAAAGGGAUUUUAAACAUUUAAGAGAAAGGCAUGUUCUCUGCUUGGGAUACGAAUUGGGGCUGCACAUGCUGAAAUGCUCCUGUGCACAUGCAAGGGCACACCUGUGCAGAUUCAUGUGCAUGUGUGCAUGCGCAUUUGUACGCAUACACACACACACACACACACACACACACACACACACACACACACAGAGGCACAUGCAGCUUGCCUCUCUGUGGCCACCAGAUUCUCACACCCAGGCCGCAUCCUGCUGUUGGGGUGAUUUCCAGCUGCAGGUGCCCUCCUCUAUCGCCUUGCCAGCAGUCUCCUUGUCAUCUGUGUGCACAAACCUCCCUGCCCCCAUCCCAAUCCUGCCUUGGCCUCCUGGUGAGGUUCCGUGGUUGUGCUGUGGUGCUUGGCAGGAUGAGGGCUUUGGGGCAGAGGCAACUGUGUGCUAUGUGCUAUGAAUGUCUUAGCAAGCACAGUUCUGGCUGUGUCCUCGGAUGACUGACAUGUAAGUCACCAACUGAGGGGAAGACCUGCCCCCACCAUAGGUGGUGCCCACCAAUAGGUUUGUAGUCUGGGUGGAAUAAAAAGGGAAGCCUGCUGGGUUGCUUCAGAGCUGUCUUUGGGUGGCCUGUUAGAUGCUGGGCUCCAGGUUUCUAGGGCAGACUCUGCGGCUCCCACAUAGACUCUUGCAGGACUUUGUGGCUCCACAUGGUUCACAUGGGACUCUGUAGUAAGCCCCGGGCUCUGACCUCCCACUGGAUACUCUGGCUGUCCAGUGUAUGGAGGCCAUUCUGGGUCCUCCACCCCUGUGUCACAGGCAGCCACUGAAGUCCCGGCCAGCAACUCCUUUAUGUAUCACAUCAUAGUUUAUGUCAAACAGCUCUUCUGGUGAGCCUGUCCGACAUACCUAGGAUGCUGAGCAGUGCAGUGAGAGUCGUGUUAGAUGGCAGUGUGCAGUGGAAGGGCCUCUUUCAGGUCAAAGCCUGUGAUCAGGCGCUGUGGCAGAACACAAGGAGAAACAAAGGCAGGCCAGGGAUAGUGUUUUGAGCACUCAGAAUUCUGAGGCGGGAAGGUAGCUUGAACCCAGGAGUUGCAGAUCAGCCAUAGCGAGACAAUCUUAAAAGAAAAAAUACAUGAGGCAGGCCCAAAUGCUCUGCCUGUUUCCCUUUGUCCUCUGUUCCCUCAGCAACACUAGCCUGAGGUGAGUGGUGCCCCAUAUAAGUUGGUUGCUCAGAGGAUGCCCAGCCUCGAGGGGCAGUGCUUCCUCAACACUGAGGCCUCCAACAACCUGACACUCUCCAUACAAGAGGCUUCAAAUUCCCACGCCUCCAGCCACUCGUUCCCAUGCAGGACAUGAAUAAAGCAGGGCCUUGAUUAGCCGAGGGGACUUGGGGCAGUGGGUGUUCCUAGCAAAAGACUACAGCACACUGUGAAGAAUGGGGCAGGAUGGGCUCCCUGCGGCCUUGCCUUCAAAUUAGAGGGCACUUCAGGUGCUUUCCAAACAAGUCCAGAUGAGAAGGAGCAACUGGGUUUCCUAAAACAUCAGACCUCAGUUCUUCAGUCUCCCUGGUCUCUUCUCAGGUGCAGGCUGAAGGGUAGCUGUUGACCAGGCCAAUGUGCAGGCUGGGCUUAGGACAGUGGCAGCUAAGUCCACGGCAUUGGACUGCAUGAUUCAGACUGCCUUCCUGUCCUCUGCCCCACUGGGGUUCUCUUGGUGCUAGGGGAGUGUGGUACUUCUGGACACUCAGUACUUUCGAGGUCUUUUGCCUCCUUUAGUGGUACUUAUGUGUUUUAUAGAUGUUUUUGCUAAAGCAGAAGACAAGCUGGUGCCUAUCACAUCUGAGGCAGGGAAAGACCUUACUGGGCAGGGCAGGUGUCUCUCUGUGUGGAACUUGAGCUGUCGGGCCCCAGCUACCGAGGUUGGAGAGGAAGAUCUGGGGUGUUGUCAACACAAGGCCUCCCAGCAUUGCACCAGGUGUUAUUCAUUCUUAAAAAUUAAUGUAUCGAGGGCCUCUCCUGUCUCACUCCUGCUCCCUGCCUCCAGGUCCCCACCAGGACCCGGGCAGCCUCUCCAUCCCCUGCUGCUGGCUCUGUAUUAUUCAUGGCUGAUCGGGUUUCAGAGGAGUCAUUUGUCCACUCACCAUGCAUCCCUGAGCACCAAGGUCCCAGUGCAGGGAAGAAAACCCAGACACAAAGGGAAGGCGAUGGCCUGCAUCUUUAUGGCUCUUUGAAUACCUGUCCUCUUGGCCUAGAGACCCAGGCCCGAGUCAGAGCCUUGGUGGCACCUGCCCGUGUGCUCCAGUGGCAGACAUGAAGGAAGGACAGGCAGGGGCCUGGCAGAGGCCGAGCCAGGGGUUGGGGGCAGAGCUCCCCUUCUCCUUUCAGCACAGGCACAGUGAGUGUCUCCUGAGCCAGAUAUGGUCUUGGGAGAGAAGAACAAAGCUGUGGUUGUGUCUGAGACCACCUCUGUUCAUGUAAAGGAAGUGGGGUGGGGAUGAAGAGACACAGGUCAUUUAUGCUAAGCAGGAAGGAAUUUGGCUUUAGGGAGGAUGCAUGCAUAUGGCAGAAAUGCUUAAAUAAAUUUUCUCCUGAUGCCAAUAAUAAU